CUCUCUCUCUCUUCUUUUUAUUAAACUUUUUUUUUUUCAUGCUCGUAACUUUAUAAACAUGGAAGGAUCACAACAAAAUAAUAUUCUCGAUUCCUAUGAAUCAACAGAAAAUGCUUUAAUGGAUUCAUUCAAAGCAGCAGCAUUAAAAGUUACAACACUUUAUAAAGAUUCACUUGUUCAGAAUCGAAAAGCAUUUGCCUCUGGAUAUCAACAAGCACUUCAAGAUCUUUAUGAAUUCAUAAGUACACAACCAGAGAAUGGCUUUAUUCCUGUCCAAGAUGUUUUAGCGUUUGCUCGUCAGAAGAAUAACCAGUUAACAGCUGAAAUGGGUAUUCCAUCACAUACAACAACGUCAAAUGCAACUUCUUUAAAUAAUAAUAUGAUGAAUCCUCCCUCUCGUCCAAAUAAUCAAGAACAAUUACAAAAAUUAAAUACAGCGAAUCCCUUUCAAAUUGAUCCUCAUUCUCAAUUCACUUUUACUCAUGACAUUCCUCGAACCAUGGACGGCUUAUGGGAUCAAGCAGCUACAACAGCAGUGAAUGACGGCUUUAAGAGAAGAAUGAUACCCAAUGAAUUGUCAUUUAUGGGAAGAUCUGUGAAUAUGGAAUCAUGGCAUGAGCCUCCCUUUAAGAGAGGAAGAUUAAGACGAGACGAACAACAAUUAACGCAACAACAACAACAACAACAACAACAACAACAAUCACAGCAACAAUUUCUACAACAAGGACAACCACCCAUUUAAUCAUAGUUUAUUAUUAUUAUUAUUAUUAUUAUUGUUAUUAUUCC